AUGGGAGACGACGUGCCUACUUCGUCGGAGCCCUUAGCACUUGAAUCGUCGUUCACGCAAUGGGCACGUUUUGCACGACCGUCUGGGACAGUAGUAAGACGCUGUUUAAGUUCAUUGAGCAGCGCCCCGUUCAAUUUCAGCGCUAUUCGUCCAUUUGCGAGCUCGGUGCAGGACGUUGGACCGGUGCUUCCGUGGCUGCGGAGUAAUGUGAGAACGAAUCUAACGGAAAAUGAGCGUCAGCGAGUUCGCGUAGAGACGUACGCUUGGGGAACUCCAGUAGAAAAACUUCGACCGCCUUUCGACUGUAUCCUAUGUGCCGACGUUGUGUACGAAAAAGCGUGCAUAAAGCCGCUAGUUCAGUCUUUAUUGGCUUUAUCCCACCGCAAAACUGUCGUUUUUGUGGCCAACGAACGUCGUGCACCAGAGAUCCGAGCUGAAUUUAUGCGGCACUUAGAUGCUUAUUUUCAUUAUUUGAAGGUGCCUCGCUCAGAAUUAGAUGCUAACUUUUUAAAGGAAGCGAUCGAAGUAUUUGAGAUGAAAGUUAAGAAGCGUAGGAUCCCAUUUGAGAUGCAGAUUAACGUUCCCAAGAAUGAUGAAGCACAAAGCAACAGUGUUGAAAAAGAAGUGGAUCAUUGUGAUUGUGAUCAUUGGAAUGACCUACUGCGAGAUCUAUCGAUCGAUCCUGCAGAAAAGGAAAACUCAAGCAAUGUGGUGAAGCGUUGA